AUGAAGACUAUCGGGUUGCUGGGCGGCAUGAGCUGGGAGUCCACCCAGCUCUAUUACGCAGCUCUGAAUCGAGGAGUCCAAGAGAAGCUUGGUGGUCUUCACUCAGCAGAAAUUGUUCUAUACAGUGUGGACUUUGAUCCCAUUGCCAAACUGCAACAUGAUGGCGAUUGGGCGGCUUUGGCCGAGAGAUUGGCAAAGGCAGCACAAGGGAUCGAAUCGGCAGGUGCACAAGGACUUGUAAUUUGCACGAACACCAUGCACAAGUUGGCCCCUCAAAUUCAAGCCGCCAUUUCUAUCCCAUUGCUUCAUAUUGCGGAUGCCACUGCAGAAGUGCUGCAGAAGAAGGCCUUAAAGAGUGUCCUCUUGCUGGGGACGAAAUUCACAAUGGAAGAUUCCUUCUACAAAGGGAGGCUGAUGGACAAGUAUGGAAUUCAGGUUCUGGUUCCUGACCAACAAGACCGGGAUCAAGUUCACCGUGUCAUUUACGAAGAACUUUGUAAAGGCGAAGUCAAGGAAGAGUCAGAGGUAAUCUUCUUGGGGAUCAUUGGCAAAAUGACAAACGCUUCCAGUGGCAGAGAAAGUGACAGAGCUCAAGGCGUGAUUCUGGGUUGUACGGAAAUAGCAAUGCUGGUGAAGCCAGAACGAGUGCCCAAUGAGAUUCCUGUAUUCGACACAACGGAGAUACAUGCUCAACGAGCGCUGGAUUGGGCUUUGGACUGA